CAUAUUGAUAUUAAAAACUAUAUAGUAGUACCAAUUAAAUUAAAAGAUGUCUUGCUUUAACCAAAAAAACCAGUAUAAUAUUUUAACUUUGUUUUUCAUUCUCACUUUGUGGACAUCUCUUGUAAUUUCUAGCAGGUUGUUGGAGAAACAUGAGCAGUGGAUGGAAGAACAUGGUAAGUUUUACAAGGAUGCUGCUGAAAAGGAGCAACGUUUCCAAAUAUUCAAGGAAAAUUUGGAAUUCAUUGAAUCAUUUAAUGCUGCUGGGGACAAUGGUUUCAACCUAAGCAUUAAUCAAUUUGGAGACCAAACCAAUGAUGAAUUUAAGGCUAAUUAUCUUAAUGGUAAGAAGAAGCCAUUAAUUGGUGUUGGGAUAGCAGCAAUAGAAGAAGAAUCAGUGUUUAGGUAUGAAAAUGUUACUGAGGUUCCUGCUACCAUGGAUUGGAGAGAAAGAGGAGCUGUUACUCCAAUCAAGCAUCAACAUCUUUGUGGUAGUUGUUGGGCAUUUGCAACUGUGGCUGCAAUAGAAGGUAUUCAUCAAAUAACCACAGGAAGAUUAGUAUCACUCUCUGAGCAAGAGCUAGUGGAUUGUGUCAAAACUAAUACAACUGAUGGAUGCAAUGGUGGUUAUGUAGAAGAUGCUUGUGAUUUCAUAGUUAAAAAAGGAGGAAUAACAAGUGAAACAAAUUACCCUUAUACAAGGGUUGAUGGUAAAUGCAAUGUUAGGAAAGGAACCUACAAUGUUGCUAAAAUUAAGGGAUAUGAGCAUGUUCCCGCCAAUAAUGAAAAGGCGCUCUUAAAAGCGGUGGCAAAUCAACCUAUAGCGGUUUAUAUCGCCGCGACAAAACGCGCUUUUCAAUUUUACUCAAGUGGAAUUUUGAAAGGAAAAUGUGGAAUUGAUUUAGAUCAUACAGUUACUAUAGUUGGUUAUGGUACCAGUGAUGAUGGUGUGAAGUAUUGGCUAGUGAAAAAUUCAUGGGGUACUAAAUGGGGUGAGAAAGGAUAUAUCAAGAUUAAGAGAGACGUGCAUGCCAAGGAAGGUUCAUGUGGAAUUGCUAUGGUUCCCACUUAUCCAAUUGUUUAAGUCUUCUUAUACUAGUUUGAUGAAUUGCUUGUGUUUGAAUUAGUUAUGUGUGUGAG